GUUCAUGCCCCUGCGCCAUGUCACCACCACAAGCAACAAUAUGUGUCUCCUCUAGACACCAUACUAUCCGACCGCACCAUGUAGUGCUGUUGACGAUCAUCGAGAAACUUUUUACUACACGCGAGAAUGAACUGCCAUCCGACUUCGUGCUGCAUGCAUAUCGCAUACUAUUGCAAGAGAUUGCUGAGGUUGCGAAGCCGCGAUCGCUCGAGGACCUCAUGACGGAGCUCGCGCGAUGGAAGGGAGAGGGGGAUCGGAUGGAUGUCUCGAUGUUCUUGGAUGGGUUGGAGAUGGAGAAGCACCAGGAGCUCAGGUCCAUGGAAGCUUUCAACGACUUCAUGAGGCGCAUCUCCACUUUCACGAAGAGCGCGGUAGAUGAGGACGAAGAGACCGGCUAUAUCAUGGCUCGCCGAUCCAUCUUUGGCUUCUUCACACGUCGCAUGUAUAUAUCCUACUUGAAGCUCUCCCCUACAGGCGUUCGCAAGCUGCAGGACCAGUACUUGGCGUGGUGCACGAAGAAGAGGAUUCCAGACAGCUAUUCGGACCACGACAAGUCGUUCUUCACGAAGAACAGCAUCCUGAUGUUCAGGACGUCGGAUGAUAAUAGGGCUUAUGCGGUCUCGGACCCUUUGGAGAUUGCAGAGAAAGGGAUGAUUGUGGGAGAAGUAAUGACGACGACAGACCAGCUGCAUCAGUUCUUCAACCAGCGAUUCCACGAUGCAAACCAAUCAGGUCUGCGGCAACAUGAUGCGCUUGCGAAUGCGAGGGCUCAUUUCUUGCGCGGCGAAUAUGGCACUUGUCGGAGGUAUCUUGCGGACUGCAUCCCUUUAGCGCGAACACUGGCCGAUAAGGUUACACUGCAAGCCGCGCUUGGAUUGCAGCAUCGAAUACCCCAAGACGACAGCGACCGAUUACCUCUAAACGAUAUCCAGCCGCACUUGCACCCAUUCGAGCUCCUAGCAGAUGUGAAGAAGCUACUGAACGACCAACAUGGCCAACCACUUUUCUGCUCCUUCCGCCGAAUUUUUGAAGCGAUGGCUCUCUUCGACCAGUGGAUUGAGCAGCACAAGGAAAACUUCAUACCGUCCGAACAGUGGGGCCCGCAUGCCGUGCAGUCGGUCGUCUGGGAUGCGGCUGGCUGCGUGAGGGUAGCUGCGCUCGAGGAGCAGUCCGUGCUUGCUUUCACGAAUAUCGGGGACGUAGAUAACAAUCGCAUCACCGUCCUGCUAAAUCGAGCAUAUAAGAUAGCUCGUCAAGGCAGGUACUCAGAGGGCUUGACAUUACUGCUUGAACCCUCUGUUUGGCGCGGCCUGACGAUGCAUGACUAUACGGAGUGGUGCCAUGAGAUAUGGCACAUAUUAGCCCUGCGUGCGUCUCGAAGAGGGCAAAUGCACAUGUACCGCGACUUCUUGAUACCCAGAGCGCCCGAAGACUUCAACCCGAGGAACUACACCUUAAGCAAUUCUUUGAAGAGGAAAGCGGGGAUCAUGGAUAACUUAAUCCACGUCAUGUCGAUGCGGGCGGUCGAUCAAGCAUCGUACACGAUGGACAGCUUGCUGAGUGCAGUAUGGCAUACCGAGUUUCUCGGGCGCAUGGACUUCUAUAGACCGGCGAUUAUGCUUCUGGCGGAUGUCUCCCUGGAAUUCGAGAUGGCAAGACGAAGUAGGAGGUUGAUAGAAGAAAUCAUGCCCCAGGUCAUUAACGGUGAUGAUCUCGAGCAACGUGCUUUCGCAUGCUUUAUGCUCGCGCGGUGUAUCAUAGCGGAAGGGAAGCAGUCCAGGGAAGCGCUGCUUGAAGGCCUGCAGUGGCUACCUACGGCUGAGCAGGACUACAAAACCUUGGAGAUGUACCAGUCGCAAAUGGACGUACAGUAUCUCAUUUCCGUGAUCUACCACAACCUGGAUAUGGAGGCUGAACGCGACGCGGCCGCGGAUCGACACGCGGCAACCGCGCGUGUAUUCAAGGCGCAGGAGGAUGUUUUAGUUGACAAGGAGACGGAGGAGAUCUUGGAUGUAGUAGCGUCGAUAGGUGCAGCAUUAGCAGGACGAUGAAUGUAUACCACGAUGAGAAAAACCGUUGGAAAGACGCGCCUCGACGCGAU